AUUUAAAUAGAAAGAGAAUUGACAGAAAUUUGGAAAGUUUGCCCGAAAUUAAACAACAAAAUUGAAAAAGGCUGUGUACACAACUAUAGGGAUUUCAUUCCAUUCAUUAUCAACUGGUUUGGUUGUAGCUUGUUCUGCUAAAAUGGCCACAGGCUAUAGUUCAACGCAAUUGCAGACAUCUCGCAGCGAUGAAAGGAUCAAGGCGAAGCGUGGCAAGGAUAGGCGCAUUGACGAGAAUCAAGACUGGAACGUUCGUCGCAAUCAGUCCAGGUCGAUUACUGAGAGAAGCAGUCAGGCGAGUCUUAGGAGAAAUACAAGACUGCAAUCUCAGAGUCGCUUUUGUGUUCAAUAUAGCGAUGAUGAUUCGUAUGAAACUGUCGAAGAGUUGCUGAAUACAGACUUCAGGUUGCUGCUCGCUGUGACACCUAAGCCUGAGGAGGUAUUUUGUCCAAAGUCCUCAGAUUACCAACUGGCUAUGCAUUGGUACAAAAAAGUUAGCACCUGGAAGUGUGAGUCAUUAAACGAUCUUCGUUUGCGCCAGGUUUACAUGAGUCACCUCAGUGUUUGUUUCAAUCAAAAACGUCUUCGCGGAAUAUUUAUGCAAAUACCCCCGAAUGAACUAAUUUUGGUGGAUUUCGUGGAAGCGAGCGAUUCGUUACCAUGUUGCACGUCCACGUCAAUGGUCAACACCACCAGUGCCUGGCAGACCAUGGCCACCAUGAUACAGCCGGAAAGAGCACCAGGUAGUUGCUGUAAUCAGGCAGCCAAAGCUAAUGAAUCUCAUGGAAUGUCUGUUGGUGGCCCUCGCUCUGCUGGUGGCAGCAACAAGCGCAGGUGCUCACUUAGACCCGCGCACAAGAUCACUUGCAAAUCGAGGCCCAAACUCGUGCCUAGAUAUUUUGCUGAUGCAAAGGAGAAUUUAUAUUCCAGCAGCUCAAGUGUAAGUUGUGCGUAUGCUCCAGUAACGGCUACGCCACAAUUAAAUAAACGUCGGCACAGGGCUUGCAGCAUUCGGUACAGUAGUCUCAGUCGGCCGCUAGAUGAGCAGACACGCAAGGAUAUGAACUACCUGUUGGAAACGAUAAAAAGUGAACUAUGCGGCCAGGAGAACCAGAAAACAGAUGAGCACCUAGAAUUAGAACUGAGGCGCUAUCGUGAUUUUUAUGCACGGCAUAGGCACAAUGACCCCGAAUUUAAGGUCAAUGUGGCUGCGGGUCCCGAAAAAGAGCGCACCUUCAUGCUCCUUAAUAUGCAAAACGAUUUAGUCAAGUUGUUGUCUGAAUGAAAUCUAUAACUCAA